UUAGACCUGUUCACAUCGGAACAUACUCUCCUUUUCUUCAUUUUGCUUUUUAAAAUAAUAAAUAAUUAUAGAUCGCCCUCUCCAUCCUUCAUCUUCUUAAGGAAACCUAACAAUCGAAAAGAGGAGAUUUGGAUUUUUUGCAUUGAGAAAUGGCUAUGGCUACAAUUGCCAGACGAAAGGCCGUAACAUUCUUCCCUUCGUCGAGGCAUCUCUAUAACAACGGCAACUACACUUCUGCUUCAAAGUACUCGUGGAUUUUUAAGAGAGGCUUUGCGUCGGGAUCUGAGGAGAACGACGUCGUAGUUAUUGGAGGUGGCCCCGGAGGCUACGUGGCUGCCAUCAAGGCCGCCCAGCUGGGGCUCAAGACCACCUGUAUCGAGAAGCGAGGAGCCCUUGGCGGUACCUGUCUCAACGUUGGCUGCAUCCCUUCUAAGGCACUUCUUCAUUCCUCCCAUAUGUAUCAUGAAGCCAAGCAUUCAUUUGCGAGUCAUGGUGUAAAGUUCGAUUCCAUUGAGGUUGAUCUACCUGCUAUGUUGGCCCAAAAAGAUAAUGCUGUGGGUAACUUAACCAAAGGUAUUGAGGGUCUAUUCAAGAAGAAUAAAGUAAACUAUGUCAAGGGCUAUGGCAAAUUCCUGUCUCCUUCUGAAGUUUCGGUCGACACCCUUGAAGGUGGUAAUACUGUUGUUAAAGGUAAGAAUAUAAUAAUUGCCACUGGUUCUGAUGUCAAAAGUCUACCAGGGAUUACCAUUGAUGAAGAGAGAAUUGUAUCAUCUACUGGGGCUUUAUCUUUAAAAGAGAUUCCUAAGAAACUUGUGGUUAUUGGUGCUGGUUAUAUUGGUCUUGAAAUGGGCUCUGUCUGGGGACGUAUAGGUUCCGAGGUUACUGUUGUUGAAUUUGCACCAGAUAUUGUCCCAACUAUGGAUGGUGAAAUUCGAAAGCAAUUUCAACGUUUCCUUGAAAAGCAGAAGAUGAAAUUCAUGCUUAAAACGAAGGUGGUGUCUGUUGACACGACAGCGAGUUGUGUAAAGUUGACCCUUGAACCAGCAGCUGGUGGCGAUCAGACUAUUCUUGAAGCUGAUGUUGUUCUUGUUUCUGCUGGCAGAGUUCCAUUUACAGCUGGUCUUGGAUUGGAGAAGAUAGGAGUUGAAAUUGAUAAGGCUGGCCGGAUCUUGGUGAAUGAACGGUUUGCCACAAAUAUAUCAGGGGUAUAUGCCAUUGGUGAUGUUAUUCCUGGACCAAUGUUGGCUCACAAAGCUGAAGAAGAUGGUGUUGCAUGUGUGGAGUAUAUUGCAGGGAAGGUAGGUCACGUGGACUAUGAUAUGGUUCCUGGAGUUGUUUACACCCACCCUGAGGUGGCCUCUGUAGGGAAAACUGAAGAGCAGGUUAAAGCACUUGGAAUUGAUUAUCGUGUUGGGAAGUUCCCUUUCUUGGCAAAUAGCAGGGCCAAGGCGAUCGAUGAUGCUGAUGGAUUGGUUAAGAUACUUGCCGAAAAGGAGACUGACAAGAUUUUGGGUGUCCAUAUCAUGGCUCCUAAUGCUGGGGAGCUCAUUCAUGAGGCUGUUUUAGCUUUGCAAUAUGGAGCAUCAAGUGAGGACAUUGCUCGCACCUGCCAUGCACAUCCAACAAUGAGUGAGGCCUUAAAGGAGGCUGCUAUGGCCACCUAUGAUAAGCCUAUUCACAUAUAGAAAUAGAGGGCAUCUCGUACAUUAUUUUUAUUUGUGUUUGGACGAGUUUUUUGAACAUUUUGGCUGAACCUAGUGCAGGUUUUCUCGAAUCUCCUCUGCCAACAAAGAUUUGCUUUUGUUGGUUCUCUUUUCAUUUGAGAUCACUGUGUUGUAUUUCACGCAUUUUUCUAUAUCACAACAUGCAUAAUAAUGUCUCGAGAGGUGUACAUUGAGCUAUAUGCUGGGAUAAAAUUUACUUUUAUUAGGGAGGAACUGCAUUGUUCUUAUUCAAUCUA